AUGCAUACUACCUAUACUAUACUACCUAUACUACAGCUUAAAGUUUUAGCGUCGGAUCCUUACAUACAAGUGCUUUCUGAUAACACUGCUCCUUCGGCCGGGAAGACAGCUGUUCUUGAACUUGAAACACUAACCUGCCUUGAAGGUUCUGAUGGCGUCUUGUGUAUGAAUAGGAGUACCAUCUACUUACGUGGUGCUGGAGGCUUCUCCGACUCUUCCCAGCCGUUCUCAUAUGCAACUUACGCUGCCAAUGAGGUUUCCAAUGUUACAUUUCCAGAUUCCACGCCUUCUGCAGCAUAUGAAGACCGCACGCAGAGUUCCCAGACACUACUGUGUGGCUUAUCAGGCUAUUUUGAUCCCUUGCAUUCAGAUCCUACUUUUGCAGAAGCUGCAGGGUUUUCGCACCCAAUGCCCGGCCUGUCCACGCUCGGGUUUGCCGUUCGAGCUGUCAUGAGGUCGUUCUGCAGCAUGGAGCCAGCAGCCGUGAGACGCAUCUCCUGCCGGUCCCUUCACCAGAUUUACCCGGGAGAGACUCUGGUCACCGAGGUUUUCUUUUUCAGUCGGAGUGUGUACUACAGAACUAGGGUGAAGGAGCGCGGUCGCGCGGUGCUCUCUGAAUACGUGCUGCUCGAGCACAUCACUUCGCCACUGUAAAGGUGGAUAUAAACUGUAUCGUGUGUGCUCUCAAGUCUCAAGUCACACGGCAGCGUCAUCUCAAGAAAGGAAAACUGCAUCAACGUCGUCUCACAGGAGUGAAGAGAAAAAUGGGCACAUCAACUCCUUUCAGUUGUUCGCUCUCGAAAACUUCUUUUCA